CCGCCCAGCUGGCCCGCUGCGCGGAACCCUAGACGAAUGGGCGAGGCGGCGGCGGCGCACCGGAGGAUCCAGUUCCACGCGGCGGCGAGGCAGGGGGCGGGGGCGGCCGGAGGGGCCCCGAUGCGGAGGCCGUACCAGAACCCCGACAGGCGCUUGGCGCUAGCGGCGGCGGCGGCGCGGGAGAAGAAGGGCGAAGCGGGCGCGGGCGGGCUCGAUCGGGAGCUCGCCGCCGCCAGGGUCUACCUGCGAAGAAUCGGGGCUGGCUUGCAUAAUCUCGGCAAUACGUGCUACCUCAACUCGGUCCUGCAAUGCCUGACGUACACAGAGCCCUUCGUGGCGUACCUGCAGAGCGGGAAGCACACGUCAUCAUCAUGCCGAGCAGCUGGAUUCUGUGCACUGUGUGCUCUCCAGAACCAUGUUAGAUGUGCCCUACAGUCAACUGGGAAGAUAUUGACACCGGUGCAGUUUGUGAAGAACUUAAAAUGCAUUUCUCGUAGUUUUCGUUACUAUAGGCAGGAAGAUGCACACGAGCUAAUGGUUAACUUACUUGAGUCCAUGCACAAAUGCUGUUUACCUUCGGGUAUACCAAGUCAGUCUCCGAGUGCUUAUGAGACCAGUCUAGUUCACAGAAUAUUUGGUGGCCGCUUAAGAAGUCAGGUGAGAUGUGCAAGUUGCUCCCACUGUUCCAGCAAAUUCGAUCCUUUCCUGGAUCUCAGUCUGGAAAUUGCUAAUGCUGCUACGUUGGUGAAAGCACUUCAAAAUUUUACUGAAGAAGAGGCUUUAGAUGGCGGGGAGAAGCAGUACAACUGCCAGAGCUGCAAGAAAAAAGUUGUGGCCAAGAAAAGAUUUACAAUUGAUAAGGCUCCUGAUGUAUUGACAAUUCAUCUGAAGCGUUUUAGUCCUUUUAACCCUGGUCAAAAGAUCAACAAAAAAGUGGAUUUUCAGUCAACUUUGAACUUGAAGCCAUUUGUCAGUAAUUCAGAAGGCAUGGAUUUCAGAUACAGUCUUUAUGGUGUGUUGGUUCAUGCUGGCUGGAAUACACAAUCAGGUCACUAUUAUUGCUUUGUUCGGACUUCUAGUGGGAUUUGGCACAAUCUUGAUGAUAACGAGGUUUGCCAAGUUCGUGAGGCAGAUGUAUUGAGGCAGAAAGCCUAUAUGUUAUUCUAUGUGCGUGACAGGGUGAGGAGCUCAGUGAUGUUCAAAAAUAAUGGUGCUGCUGGUUCGUUAGUUAAGAAUGCUAUUUCUGAGAAGACCGCUAAUAUGAAUGGCACAAUUCGAAACGGUUUAAUGGAAGCAAAAUUGAAUGUUCCCUCAUUUACCAAUGGAGAUGUUAAGUCGCAGAAGCAGAACCCAGAUGAUGGUCGUCCUAGCAUUUUUGGCAGCAGCUCACAAGGCCAGUGUUCAAAAUAUUCUAGCAGUACUGGAGUUAUUGAAGCCGCAGCUGUCCAAAACAAUGGUGUCCAAAACAAUGGUAUGGUUUCAGUACAGACAGCUGCUGCUACCUUGUCCAUCAACACAACCAAGACAACUUCAGAUAGUGCAAGGGAGAUAGUUUCAUCAGCACAGCCUGAUGUUACUGUUCCUCAUAAUUCAAGCUGUGACCCGAAGGCGUAUGAGAAGCCAUUGCAAGAACAGCAACCUGAGUCCGAUGGUGCAUUUACUGAUUCAGGUAAAGGCAGUACUGCUGCCUUGCCCAUAUGCAAUGGCGGUGAUGGGAUGUUGGAAGAAAAUCACCAGGCUUCUGAACCUCGAACAGAUCCAUGUGGCGAACAAACUCUCAAUACAAGUAAGCCAGCGGAAAGUGCAGAAAUAAAGAAAACCAAGCAUACGAUGCUUUCUGUUUCUAAUGGAACAAUGCCCAGUAGAGAAGAUUUAACCUGCUGUAAUGAAGCUAAAGAGUCAGCAGAGUCUGGGAAGCAACCUGAUGAAAUAGCUAUGGAGGAGCUUUCUGCGGAGAGCACAGGUGCUAUAACAAAUGCAGUGGAGCAGACUUCAGUCCAGACUAAAACAGCAGAGGUUGGCCAGGCUACGGUGGAGGAGCUUUAUGUGAAGGACACCGACUGCAUUGCAAAUGCACAGGAGCAGGCUUCUAUGCAGAACAAAGAUCUGGUAGCUGGGCAGGCUCACUCUGAGGCACACAUCUAUUCUGAAGUUUCCGCACAGCCGAUCUGCCCUGAAGUUUCUUCACUGGCGAUCUGCCCUGAAGUUUCUCCACGGGCGAUCUGCCCUGAAGUUUCCGCACAGGCGAUCUGCCCUGAAGUUCCUCCACAGGCGAUCUGCCCUGAAGUUUCUGCACAGGCGAUCUGCCCUGAAGUUUCUCCACAGGCGAUCUGCCCUGAAGUGUCCGCACAGGCGAUCUGCCCUGAAGAUCCUGCACAGGCGAUCUGCCCUGAAGUGUCCGCACAGGCGAUCUGCCCUGAAGUUCCUGCACAGGUGAUCUGCCCUGAAGUUCCUGCACACGUGAUCUGCCCUGAAGCUUCUGCCCAGGUGAUUUGCCCUGAAGACCCUGCACAAGUGUUGGAUAAGGAUCCAUGCCAUGGUAAUUUACGUACAAUGAAGGAUUUGAAGUCCAAGAAGCAUACGGAUUAUUCAACUGUGCACUUGCUUUUUGUGUCCAAGCAACCUUUACUUGCUGCACUAAAACUGCACAAGAAAAGGAAACACAAAAGAGCUAAAAGGCAGUCCAUUGACAAUGGAAUCAUCGCUGAUGAUCAGCAGACAUCAACAUCAGAAACUGUUUUUACCAAGGACAUAUCAUGUAAAUCCCAUAGAAGACGCAAACGCUCCCGCGCCCCUGCAAGUUCUGAUAAUGGUGUUGAGAUAUCCACGAAGAAACCACAUCUCGCUGAGCGCUCCAGCAGUGCUGCUGAUCUUCCCGUGGACAAGAAAGAUGACAAGGAUGCAACACCCGCUAGUGCCGAGCUACCAGGUCCAUGCGUAAGCUCUGUUGCGGACCAGACUGAUUCACGAAACAGCGCAGAUGCAAACGAGAGAGUCCCCUCGCAUUUCGAUCUGCUCACGAGGGGUUUGAGUGAAAUUACCGUUCCACUGUGGGAUGACACUGACAUGUCGGGUAGAAAGUCAGAGUUUCAAUAUUCGAGAAGGGCCGAGAGUAUUGGUUAUGUGCUAGAUGAAUGGGACGAGCAGUAUGACCGCGGGAAAAGGAAGAAGGUGAGGAAGCCACGGGAGGAGUCGAACGGACCGAACCCGUUCCAAGAGGCGGCCGAUGUCAGAGCACGGCCGAGGAAGAGACCGAGAUCCGACCAGGCCAGAUGGGGAAACCAGCCUCGCAGGAUAUGACAAAUCGCAGCCGACGAUGUUGUUGUAUCUAUCACCCAGUUUUGCAGUGAUCAUUUUCAUUUAUUCUUGUUUUGCUUCCCUCCUUGGUGUACGUUACAGUAGUUGCUCUCUGUUUUUCCUCCAGUGUUUACCCCCCCAUCCUUGGUGUGUUAUGUAAGAGCCCUGACAGAUAUUCGAAGCAUAUUGUUCGUUUUCUGAGUGACCAGUGAUCAGAUCGAGCAACAAAUCCAAUAUUUUGUA